UCAGCAAUAUACUAAUUCUGUUCAAGAAAUGUUGGCUCGACAAAACAAUCAAUUGCAACAGCAUGCAAAAAUAAUAAUGCAACAACAAAAUGAUAUCUGCAGUAUUAAGAAGACAUUGUCCAAUGAAAGAUCUAUUCUUGGUGAAAUUACUCGUAAAAGUUUAUUGAGUCCUACCUCCCUGAAACUGUAUUUUAAAGUUGUUAAAAUGAAGCGAGAGAAAAGACGGCUAAAGAGACUACUGAGAAAAACUGAUUCAAAGAGAAAUAUUGGUACUAAGAGAAAUACUGAUACUAAGAGAAAUACUGAUUCAACGUUACAGAUUAGACAGAAUUUUAUUAAUAUGCUCCAAAGAAACAAUGAUGUACCAUCACAGGAAACAAGAUAAAGUAAUUGGAUUUGAAGACUGGGGGAUUCAAAGAACUAGAAAAUUUGCUGAUCAUGUUAUUGUAUUUUACAUUCGAUGUCUCGCAUCUGGUAAUCACAUGCCUCUUGGAUAUGGAUUUUGUCAAAGUGCAACUCGAACUGUUCAAUUACUAAACUGUAUAAAACAGUGGUUAAUAGUCCUCAUUAACUGUGGUUUUAAACCAAAG